AUGGAGCCUCUGCGGGUGCUCGAGCUUUACAGUGGGAUAGGAGGGAUGCAUUUUGCUUUAAAAGAGAGUGGUAUACCUGCCCAAGUAGUGGCUGCCGUUGACAUAAACACCACUGCCAACCAGAUUUACAGACACAAUUUCCCUGGCACUCCCCUCUGGAACAAAACCAUUGAGGGCUUAACACUAGAUGACUUCAAUAAAUUAUCUUUUGACAUGAUUUUGAUGAGCCCUCCUUGCCAGCCUUUCACCAGGUUAGGACUCCAGGGUGACAUUGCUGACCCCAGAACCAAGAGCUUCCUCUACAUUCUUGAUCUUCUGCCAAGGCUGUGCAGGCUGCCCCGCUUCAUCCUGCUGGAGAAUGUGAAAGGCUUUGAGAGCUCUUCUGCCAGGGGACGAUUGGUGACAACACUGAUGAAAUGUGGAUACACUUUGCAGGAGAUCAUGGUGUCACCCACAAGUGUUGGGAUCCCAAAUUCAAGACUGCGUUAUUUCCUGAUGGCUAAGAUUUCAACAGAAAACGUUUGCACCCAGAUAAGUUCAAAGAAUUGUGAAGCCUUCCGACAUCCCGCUGAGAGUGAUUCUACUGAGCAGCCCGCAGUCCUGAGUCUUCCCCAUCCAGAUGCCUGCCAGUCGGAAAAAGAAAUGCAAGGAUGUCAUGUCCUUUUUAAACUAGAGACAACAAUGGAUGCCCAGAGAAAGAUGAAUCAGAACAGGGACCUGUCUGUCAGGCAGAUCCAAGACUUCCUGGAACCUCAGAUGGAAGUACACAUGGAACACUAUCUCCUUCCACCUAAAACAUUGUUGCGUUAUGCUCUGAUCUUGGACAUUGUUCGACCCACAUGCAGGAGGUCUGUCUGUUUUACCAAAGGUUAUGGGAGGUAUGUGGAGGGAACUGGCUCAGUACUGCAGUGCUGCAUGGAAACAGAGUUGGAGAGUGUGUUCAGGGGACUGGACCAGUACUCUGAAGAGGAGAAACUCCAGCAGCUGUUGAAACUGAAGCUGCGUUACUUUACUCCAAGAGAAGUUGCCAACCUCAUGGGCUUUCCUCAAAACUUCUCCUUCCCAGAGCAGAUCCAUACAAAGCAGCGGUACAGAGUUCUAGGAAACAGCCUGAAUGUUGUGGUGGUGGCCAAACUCCUGCAGCAGCUAGUCUCCUAGCUCUCAGGAAAACUCUGGAGGAAGAGACCCCUCAGUCCUUGUGGAUGAUAAUACAUGAUGCUCUCUGUCCAAUGGCUGUGAUUGACAAUUCUUGUUGGGGAUGUCAACUGGUCAAAAUAUACUUUAUAAUGACAUCCCUACUGAACGGUGUAAAUGACAUGUUUCCUACGUGUAUCUUCCAACAGUACAUAUCUAUUUUGACUGAAUGUGAAUAUAUUUGUUUUUUAUGAUGAAAUAAAAACCUAAAUAAC